UUAAUCGAAGAAGAAAACUUCCCUACGAUGGAUUUGGCGCAUGAGCACUUGGUCAAAAACAAUAACGAUUCUUUCCUGACAAGGCAUAUUUUCGGUUGCUUGUACAUUUGUAUUUAGAUACAGGGCGGGACUGUAGUAAAUAAAGAUAGUUGCUCAGCGAAACGCCAUAUUUAUUUCAGCUACAAUGGAUGCUUUACCAGCAUGGCCCAAGGGGAAGAAGCUGGUUCACCUGGAUCUGAAAGGAGCACCUCCUAGAAUUGAUUACCUGCACAAGCUGAUUGGUCUUUUUUCUGGUCUGGGUGUUGACGGUAUAUUGGUGGAGUAUGAAGACAUGUUCCCCUAUGAAGGCGAGCUGAAGGUGCUGCAAUCCACUCAGCAUUCACCAUACAGUCGUGAGGAGGUCCUGUCCAUUCAGGAAGUGGCCAAGUCCCAAGGGUUAGAGGUCAUUCCUCUGGUGCAGACAUUUGGACACAUGGAGUUUGUGUUGAAGCACAAGUCGUUGUGGGGGCUGAGGGAGGUGGGCCACUGCCUGGGCACUCUGAACCCCCACAGAGAGGAGGGUGUGAGGCUGGUAGAGGAGAUGCUUCGCCAGGUGGUGGAGCUCCACCCAGGCAGCACCAGCCUGCACAUUGGAGCUGACGAGGUGUACCUGCUAGGUGAGGGAGAGGAAUCUAGACGCUGGCUGAGCACGCCUGGCCGUACAGUACAGCAGCUGUUCCUCAGUCAUGUGACCAGGGUAGCAAAGGGCGUCAGGGAGGCGUGGCCAAACCUCAACAUGAUCAUGUGGGAUGACAUGUUGAGAGGGAUGGACCACGACACACUGAAAGGCAGUGGUUUAGUAGGAUUGGUACAGUUGAUGCUGUGGGACUACAACCCCACCCUAGAUGUGAAAAACACAGUAUAUCUAUUGGAGAGGUACAGUGGUGCAGGGCUGUCAGAACUGUGGGCAGCCAGUGCCUUCAAAGGCUCUACUAAUGUCCACACCUGUGUGACCAGCACACAGAGACAUGUGGACAACCAUCUACAGUGGCUACAGGUGGCAGCAGCCCUGCCUGAAGGCAUACACAUGCUGGGCAUCGCCCUCACUGGCUGGCAGAGAUAUGACCACCUGUCUGUGCUGUGUGAGUUGCUGCCCCUAGCUCUGCCCUCCCUGGCCUCCAGUCUACAGACACUCACACAUGGCCAGUUCAGCCCGGAGGCUCAGAGCAGGGUGACAAAGACUUUGGGCAUCUCUUCUGUAGAGGUAGAAACCAUGGAAAGCUCCACUACAGGUGACUCUGUGCUGUUUCCAGGGAGGAGGUUGGCAGAGCUUGUUGUGGAACUAACAGCAAUACUGCAGUCAGAAGAACUCCGCCAUUUUGAAGACAACAUGUUUGUGAGAGGCUGGUUCACUCCUUACCACAGACAGAGAAAGAUAGUCAGCCCACUUAUUGCUCAUCAGUUACAGAGUCAAGCCAUGACAUUGUUGGCUCUUGUGGAGCAGAGAGUGGCGAUGGUGAAGAAGGAGAUGGUGCGUCUGUACCCAGCCUCCACAGCUCAGGAGUGGGUAGAGCAGCAUGUCAGCCCCGUGGUGGCUCCCCUCCAGAGGGUCCUGGAGGACACCAGAGCCAGCCUACUAGAGAUGGUACCCCAGAACGUCUCAGCUUCUAUGGUUGGGCAGUAAGGUUUAGCCUGGGUCCGGAAAGCGAUCUAUCCAUGCAGACUUCAUACAGUGAGGUCCAAGAGGUAGUGAGAAAAUUAUUCCAUGAUUUUCAAAAAGCAACUUUUAUUUAAUUAUGUUUGUUAACAAAAAAGCAAAAAUAAAUAUAUAAAAGUUUGGUUUUUUAAAGUAAAAAAAAAAAAAAAAAAAAAAAGACUAGGCAAACCAGUACCUGAAGUCAUCCAGCAACACACACUAACUGGACCCAAAAUAUCUCAUGCAUUCUUUCUUUCAAGCAACAGAAGGCAUCUACACUCACCUUCCUCUUGCCAACAGAUGCAGUAACUUAGUUAAAUACAGUCCAGAUACAAUGUAAUACAGUUUAUUUGUCAAACAUACAUAUUGUUAUUAACACAUUUGUCUAUGGACAGGGAUGUUACCUGAGACUGGUCUUUCGUUUUGUGUAUAUAAGGCCAGAUGAAAUCUGUAGUUUACCCUAUGAAUAAUAAAUCAAUCAAAUGUAGUUAUUAUACCCUUUUUUACAUCAGCAGAUGUCAAAGUUUUAUACAGAAACCCAGCCCAAAACCCCAAACAGCAGGCAAUGCAGAUGUAGAAGCUGUUAGAUUAAGUUCAUUCUAGAGGUUUUGCCUCCCCAGAUUCUGUCUGACCCUAGUGAUGAGACCCAUCAAUGCUGAAAGACAUGCAAGUAUUUACUUUAACAUAAAAACAGGCAAACAUUCUUAACUGAUCCCUGGAAAUCCAUGCUUGAUUAUAGUUUACAGUCACAUGCAUUCAGAUGGAUGGAUGGUUGCAGUGAGUAGAGACAAUCCUACUAGACCAAGAUUAUCACUUGGGAGGUCUCAAACACACUGUGUUCCCUAAACUGUGGGAAUGUUUUGAAUGAGUAUUUCACACAUACUGAUUACAUUUAAAUAGAAAGGCACUGUAAUUAUAGGGUUGAGUCUAAUAAAGUAAUGAUUGUUUUUGAAGAACAGGCAACACAAACUAUGAAUUUGUUUAAAUAUUCUGUGGAAAACUCUACAAUUGAAGCGUAUUUAAGGCAAUUUAUAGUAUCAGGGAUACUACAAAAUGCUGUAAAAUAUAUUUGGGUGCAUUUCAAGUCUGCUGUGGCUUCCCCUCAUCUCUUCUCCUUCUACUGCACUGAGUCCCCCUCUUCUCUGGAGUCAGUGCUGGGGUUCAGUGCAUCUUCCUCCCUGACUGCCUCUUCCUCCAGCGACACUGGAGCUCCUCCAGACCCAGGAAACGCUUGAGCAACGAAGCCACUGCCUCCACAUCACUGAUGGAGAGGGGGGAAAGAACAGGAUCAAACAACUAGUUGUGAUCAAAAAUAGACAGCAGGAAUAUUUUGACAAUCAAAACAUUAAAUACAUUUGUCUAAUUUUA